GUGAAGAGCAGCGGACGCGCAGCGCUGAAGGAACGAACGCACACAAUCAUCGACGUGUUUCUCGGAUUGUGUCUUUGCUGCAGGUCUUCUCAGGGAUCAUGUGAUGACCCACGCUCAGAGAAAACAUUCCCUCGGCCAGUAUCACGGUGAGAGGCGGGACCAUGUAGAGUGCUGGUCAUAUGUUGACACUGUGGGCGGAGCCAGGCCAGCGCCAUCGAUGCGAGCGGGUAAGGCAAAGAAGGACGUGAUGAAAAAAGUCAAGGCCAAGGUUCUGGUGCACACAGAGACAUGGAUGCAGAGUAAUGGCAGGAGUCAAGAUUUGGCCAAACUGAAAAAGAGUAAAAGAGAUGUGAGCAAAAGAAUCAAAUCUCCAAAGAGACAACGGGCCGAGCAGAGCCGUAAGCUCUACCCGUUACGUCGACGCAGCGGACCGGAGAGUGAAGCCUUGAGUUGCCACGUCCUCCUCACCCGUCUGGAUGUCCAGGAGGAAUGUGAGGUGAAUACAGACACAGGUUUAGAUGACAAAACCAGUCUGAAGUCCAAGGUGAGAACCGGAGGAAAGCGAGAAACAAGCAAAACACAUGAAGCGUUCGCUCGGGAGCCACGGAAACGCAGAAUCGCCUCUUUGAACGCAGAGGCCGUCAACAGUCUGCUGCUGGAGAAAACGCAGUCUGGUGCCAAACUUUCUAAGAAAGACAGGGAGGGUGCCGUCGCUCCAGAGCAAGGGAAGACUCUGCCAAACUCAAAGCAGAGCUCCGAGACGUGCGAGAAACCCACCACACAAGAGAAGAGCGUGAGUGAAGUCAAUGUGUUCGCUCCGACACCCAGACGUGUGGCCGGACUGAACGCCGCCGCUCUCAUGAAACUCACCAGCUCCACCACAGCUCAUAAACACCGAAUCAAAACAGACAGGAAGGCCGCGUGUCUUUCAGGAAAAGAUGAUGUGCACAUAAAGUACAAGAAGUCAAAGAAAGAAAGCAGGAGGGACUCUGGAGUGACAGAUAUCUGUGAGGUUUGUAAAAGCAGGAAGCAGAAGCUCGAAGACUCUCCAGAAACCAAAGCAGCGUAUCACUCCUGUGGCAUGCUGGGAUAUCCCCUGAACAUGGUGAAAGAAGAGCAGGUGAAAAGCGACGUGAGUUCAUAUUACUGCUGUCCUUCAGAUGGUUCUGUUGAGUAUUGUCACAGACUGGCGCUGUUCCUCAGACAGAAGGAGGAUGCCAUGACCUCAGUCAAGCGUGAAUGUCUGAUUCCUCUCAGCGCUCACCCGUGUCUGUGUGCCGAUCCAUGUUACUCCGGUUAUUACGUCCACAUCGCUCAUGCGGCUCCAGCAGCAGCGACUCUGAGCUUCUGUCCACGAGCAGAGCUGCUGUCCUCCUCACAUCCUCUCUUGUGUAAUUCACCGUGUUUUCACGAGACCUUCAUCGACAGAAGACCGUGCUCGUACUCCAGCAGCUGCUCACGCUGUACACGUCCAAUCAAAACAGAAGGUUUUCCGUCAUCUCAAGAGGAACAGAGUCGAGCCUCAGCUGUGUCUUCAGCUCCGCUCAGAGUAAACACUUCCUCCGCCGGUGUCCCGCGUCUCAUCUCCACGGCGUCAGAACGCAGACACGCACACGACAGGCUGAAACAAUGCCCUCAAAAAACCAAAGCACCAAACACAUCAAUCGCUAUGAGCCAGACCAGAAUAUCCCAAAAACAUCCCACAGCAGGUGGCAAACAGAAGAAAGUGGACCAGCAGCAGGUGACCAAUGGCUGGCGACCUGUCGGGGAGCCCACAGAAAAGGAAGUCUUCAUUGCCGGCGAUGACGAGACGGUUCUGCGACAGUGUUAUGAAGGAGUUGAACGUGAUGGAGAAGUGAUCCGGGUACGAGACACUGUGCUCUUACGAUCUGGACCCCGAAAGAAAUCCCUGCCGUACGUGGCCAAGAUUUCAUGUCUGUGGAUGGAGCCCAGAUCAGGAGAGCUGAUGAUGAGUCUCUUCUGGUAUUAUCGACCUGAACACACACAAGGAGGCAGAGAUCCCAGCAUGCACUGUGAGAAUGAAAUAUUUGCCUCUCGACAUCAGGAUGAGAACAGUGUGGCCUGUAUUGAGGACAGAUGUUAUGUUCUGCCUUUAGCACAAUACUGCAGAUUUUGUGCCUUGGUGAAGCGGCGGUCAGAGAGCAUGUCCGGCGGUGUCCCGGUGGUGCCCGACCCCUCUGAUAGCCUCACCCCACAUCACCGGCUCGUGCCCGAUGACGUAGACCCGGAUCUAGUGUACCUGUGCCGUCACGUCUAUGACUUCAAACACGGACGCAUCUUAAAGAACCUGCAGUGAAGUGUGUAGCUGCUGUGGAAACAGAAACGACCUCCGCUCACAUGACACGCUGUGUUUCUUCUAUAAAGAUCAGCCGGAUGAGGUUUGAGCGUAUUGGAUUCAUUCUGUCAUGCACACAGACUGAAAUCAAAUAUAUUCAUGUGUUCAGUGUGAAGAACCAGGAAUACUUUGGACACGUUCGGUCGUUCAUUGUGGACACGAGGUGAAGAGGCUUGUGGUGGUUGUAGAUAUCGUGAGGUUGGGUGAUGAAUGAUCAUUUGAACACUUUUGGAAUCCAGUCUAGAAGCUCAACAAGAUCCUGAGCCAAAGUUCUCCACCAGUGAGUUCACAUGAACAAGGUUUUAUUUUCUCUUCGCUUGUAGAUGAUGAGUGGACAACGUAAGGCAUGAGCACGAGCUGAAGUUCACUGUAGUUGUAGUCUGAAGAACCCUGAAGACGGUUCCUUCAUCAUUUACAUCAACACUUCUCGUUCUGAGAGAUCUCGAAAGGAAAGAUAUCUGAAUGAUCCGCCCAAUGGAUAGAGACUGUCCUCUUAACUCUAUACAGCAAACUUAAAGCUGUCAGUCGAAACAUAAACAGUGUUAUUGUGCGUGUGCGCGAGUGUGUGUGUGCGAUUUCAUUCAGCGCUUCUCAACAUAACAUGAACACACAACACACAUCUGAUCUCUGACAUAAUUAUACGGAUGUACUCGUGGAGCUUUUUGUGGAUGUUUUUCCUUUAAAGAAUUGCACACUUUCCAUUUCACGACAGGCAAAACUUAAGCCACGCAGCUCCAGUUUAAUAAGACUUUUCUCGGCAGUUAUUGCUGUUCAUUCGCUGGUUUCAGGGUCUGUUUAGCUUUUCCAGUGCUUACACUUAAUGUAUGAAAUAUAUGAAUGAUGUUUAAUAUGGUUGCAGAAUAACCUUCAGAAUGGACAGAAGUCAAUACUGAUCGAUGUACAUUUCUGUCAUUGUUGUGAAACUCUGGCCUUCUGCUUUUCAUUUCUUCUGAACAAAAAGAUAUUUUAUUAUGGCUCUUUCUAAAGCUGGAAAAUGAAGUUUUAUAUUUGUAGGACUAUUUUUUUGAGACCAGAAGCUAUUUAAUGUGAUGUCAUUUUGAUUUGGACUCUAAAGCGCUGAAUUUGACUGCUUGUGUUUUAUGAGACUCUAUUAGAUGACGUUUGUGUUUUUAGAAGAAAAUAAAUGUGUUUCACAGGAGCUUCUAAAGCUUUGCAAAGUGCAUUUAUAAUCCUUUUGUAUUUAAAGAAAGUAUUUAAAGUGGAUUAUAUAUUAAACUAGAUAUAUAUAUAUAUAUAUAUAUAUAUAUUUCAAGCUCUCUUAGGUAAAAACAAUGUAUUGAAGUGCUGUGCAAUGUUGUGGUACAUUUUAGGAUGUGACGAUUGUUUUGAACUGAUUUAAUGAAGUCUUGAGUUGAUGUCACAGGGACCAAGGUCACAUCAUGUAAAGCAGACAUGUUUCUGUCAUGUGAUAACUACAUUCACACACAUUUCUGUCAUGUUUGAUAUAACAGGUAAAGGUUUCUGCAUUCACACAGAGCCUCUUACUUUUUUAUUUCUCUUUAUUUGAUUUAGAGUUUGUGAUGUGAUUUCUCUUUGGUUUCAAUGGGUUCGUUCUUACAGACAAUAUUGUUUAUUGAAUUGAACACCCAACACAUUGGAACGGUGCGGUUCAUUUCAGUCAGAAUAAAGUCUUUCGCUAGUG